GCCGCAGUGCCGCCAUCUUCCUUGAGUUCGACACGUGCUACAUUCCCCGUCACGAGAUCGUACGUAUCUUUAUUCCUUUUCUAUUUCGCCGUGUUUGCCGACGUGUCAAAGGUGCACGUGCCCACACACCCGCCCAAUUGUGUGCGUCUAUUCGGUCUUCUGCUCUCCCUAUUAUUAUUAUUGUUGUUGUCGUUGCUUUUUUUUUCUAACGGCCCUUUCCUAUACUCUUGCGAGCCCUUUUUUUUUUCUGCUGUUGUUUGAAUACAUCGCCUUCCCAACGUCUUUAAUAAUCUUUCUGUACAUUUAGCUUAAUUUUUGCAGCGAUGUGGAAGCGCACCGGUCGUUGCCUGGCCGCCGCCUUGGCUUCGCGGCCGCUUCGAGCGCCGUCGUCCGCACUCCGCACUGUUGCGCCGCUCUUCACCGGCAUCUCCGGCAGCUUUCGUCGCUCGCUGAGCAACUCCGUGGCCAUGAUGAGCACCGCGGCGGCGUCGCCACUCUCUUCCCACGUUGCGAGCGGCGUCGCCACGGCCCGUCGCACCAUUGUGGUGGAAACCAGCGAGACGCCCAACCCCGACUGCCUGCGCUUCUUCUCCAUGGACCUCUCCUUUUUAAAGCCGGAGUUCUCGGUCGACAUCCCGUCUCCCGCACAGGCCUACAAGUCGCCGCUCGCGGAGGCCCUCUUCGGGGUGGCCGGGGUGCAGGCGAUCUUCAUCGCCGACGAGUACGUGACGGUGCGCCGACACCCGCAGGCGGACUGGGCGGUGCUGAUCCCGACGAUCAAGGAGGUCAUUAUUGAGUUUGCGGAGAGCAAAGAAAGCGUCCUCUCCGAGGCGGGCGAGGCGGAGUUGGCCGGCUACAACGACGACACCGAACCGGAGGACGACGAUGACGAGGUCGUGCUGGCGGUGAAGGAAUUACUCGCGACGCGCAUUCGACCAAUGUUGCGGGCCGACGGCGGCAACGUGCGUUUUAUCGACAUGGACGACGGCACGGUGUUUCUGCUGUUGCAGGGGGCGUGCAAGGCGUGCCCGUCGUCGCACAUUACGCUGAAGAGCGGCAUUGAGCGGAUGCUGAUGCAUUGGAUUCCAGAGGUGGUCGAGGCGCAGGAGGUCAGCGACGAGGUGGCGGCCGAUAUCAUGGCGGAGAAGCGACUGCGCAAGUCAAUGAAAGAAAAAGGUGAAGUGGUUACUGCGAAGUGA